UCUCCUCAGGGAACAGGACUCGCUCCACAAGGAAAAGAUGGCUUGCUAUCCAGCUCUGAGCUCUGGCAUCUGCGCCAGCCCCUGCGGGGUGGCUGUCCCACAGCCUAUCGCGGACAGCUGGAACGAGCCGUGCGUCCGGCAGUGCCCCGACUCCACAGUGGUGAUCCAGCCGCCCCCGUCUGUUGUGACCAUCCCUGGAGCCAUCCUCAGCUCCUUCCCUCAGGACAGCGUUGUGGGAUCCACCGGAGCUCCUCACGUUGGAGCUGGUUUUGGGGGCAGCUUUGGGUCCCGGGGCUUCGCUGGCUCCCGGGCCUACCUUGGUGCUGGGGGUCCCUAUGGCUCUGGUGGAAUCUGGGGUUACGGGGGCCUCUGUGGUUCUGGGGGCUGGCGAUCGGGCCACAGGUACCUCAAUGGCAACUGUGCGCCAUGCUAAACCUUAGAGGAAUGGCCACGGGACAGGGAACAACCAGGCAGCGAUGUGGAUUGACGGCUGAGAUUAUGGGCAUGGCUUGCAGAGGUGGUGAGCUCUGAUGUCUCCAGCUGACGCAAAUGGGACAUAUGUGCGC